GUUUAUUUAUUAAUCCAAUCGAGAACGUCGAGAAGCGCAGAGGCCGCGGCGAAGAAGAUGAAGCAGAGCCGGAGGCAGGCUCUGCCUCGCGACGAGCCACCGGAAACCGAGAACGAGAUCGGUACGAGUCGUGCUUUUGUUGGCUAUGCGUAUGGAGUCGCGAGGCGGCCCAUCCUUGCGGCGGCUGCCUUGUUCACGCUUCUCCUUCUCCUCAUGGUGUUGUCCGCUUUUCGGCGCAGUUCGCCCUUCGACGUCCUUCUUUCCGGCUACCCGUCACCAGAAAAAACAACCAACGCCACGUGUUCUUCCGUUCCCAAAGAAGCUCGUCUAACGGACAAAUUUCACGGAGGUUUCCUCUCCACGGCGUUGAAUGAAUCCUCCUGCCUCAGCCGCUACCAAUCGUCUCUCUACCGGAAGCCUUCCAACCACACUCCUUCAGCCUACCUCGAGCAGAAACUCCGGCGGUACGAAGCCCUCCAUAAGAAAUGCGGCCCCGGAACCGAACUUUUCCGGCAAUCCGUCAAACACCUCGCGUCCAACCGCACCACCGGACCUCUGGAAUGCAACUACGUGGUAUGGCUGCCGGCCGACGGCUUGGGAAACAGGAUGAUCAGCAUUGCCUCCGCCUUCCUUUACGCUCUUCUCAACGAUAAGGUCCUCCUGCUCCACCUCCCUCGCGACAUGGCCGACCUCUUCUGCGAGCCUUUCCCUGACACUUCAUGGCUUCUUCCUCGGGACGACUUCCCCGUCAAGAAUCUCGACAGGAUUUUUGAGCACGACCCUCAUAGUUACGGGAAACUGCUCAGGAACAAGGUUCUUAGCAACGACAUGAACGUUUCGAGUUCUUCUUCUUCGUUGCCCGGUUAUCUCUACCUCCAUUUGUUGCAUGCUAAUGAUGAUUUCGACAAGAUGUUCUACUGCGGAGAGGGUCAACAGUUACUGAAGAACUUCCCUUGGCUGUUGCUGAGAUCGAAUGAGUACUUCGCGCCUGCAUUCUUCUUCAUCCCGGAACUCCAAGAGGAACUCGACCUGCUCUUCCCGGAGAAAUCGACGGUCUUCCACCAUUUGGGAAGAUACCUUUACAACCCGACCAACUCUGUUUGGGGGUACAUAACCAGGUACCACGAAGCUUACCUCGCCAACGCGAGAGAUGUGCUGGGGAUCCAAAUCAGAAUAUUCGCGUUCGCCAAAGUGGAGUUCGAUGACAUGUUGAGCCAAAUCGUAAACUGUUCGGUGAAGGAGAAUCUACUGCCGGAGGUCGAUUUGGAAGGGUCUAAUUCUCUUCCAGGGAUUACCGAUUCGAAGCCGAAGGCUGUCCUGGUGGCGAGCUUGAUGGGGGAGUACUUCGACAAGCUGAGGGACAGGUACUACGAGCACGCAGCGGUCACAGGCGAGGUGGUGGGAGUGUACCAGCCAAGCCACGAGGAACAGCAGAGGACGGACAAGCUGACGCACAACAUGAAGGCGUUGGCAGAGAUUUUUCUGUUGAGCAUGAGCGACGAGGUGAUUACGAGCCCGUUCUCGACGUUCGGGUACGUGGCGCACGGCCUCGGCGGACUACGGCCAUUGAUCCUGGUGAGAAACCGGAACCAGGAACCGCCUUGUGUGCGGUCUCUGUCCAUGGAGCCCUGCUUCCAUUUUCCACCGUCGUAUGACUGCAUAGCGAAGAAGAAAGUAGACAAAGGAUCGAUGAUGCCGUACAUACAGCACUGUGAAGAUUUCUUCCUUGGUGUCAAGGUGUUCAAUAAUUAAGAAAUGAGAUAGCAGCGCGUAAUAAGUUUAUUAUUAUUUUUUAUUAAUUUUUUUAAAUAUUGUUUCUAAAUGCAUCGGAUAAAUAAAUAUUGUUUUUAAAUAUUGCAGAAAUAUUGGAAUGAAGAAGUGUGCGAGCGUU